GACAUCGACUGGUUCUUUCCUGUAAGACAGUAAUGAAUUCAACACACAAAACGAACUCUGUUUGUUACGAACUCGGUAUACAUCGAAAACUCUAUCAUCCACAGUGUUCUGGACUGACCCGCUCUUACAUAACACCACCAAAAGAAAAAAGGGGGUGGUAGCAUUUAUCCAGCAUAUACUCCCUAUCCUCCUUGCAAUUGGAUUAACUCAACGCUCGUUCAUCGCUUGCUAUUGAGAGAUAAGGAAUCAUGGGUGGGUGUAUGUCAAGAUCGGCAGAUACGGUACAGGAUGGACAAGGACACGAUACACGAGGGCGACGAGAGAGUAUGAGGCGAGGGAGUGAGAGAUCCGUGAGGCGGAAUCCGCAGGAGCCGCCGAUUGGAGGCAACCGCCCCUACCACCCCCAUCCAAACAAAUCCUGGACCUCGCCCCUCCCCCUUCCCCUCCCCGACCUCCUCCUCCAACGCCUCGCAUUCUGGGAAACAGCCCCAACCUACGAAGGCCGCGAACACAUCUGGCGCCUGUUACGAACCGUCGUCGAGGAUAGUGGGUUAACGUUGACCGAGAAACAGGGCUUGUUGGAUGCGGAGGGAAUGGUGCUCCCGACGGGGGACCUGUUGGACGGGGCAUAUGAUCGGACGGGAGUAAGGUAUCAGGUUCCGGUGUAUUGUUUGGCAGAGCCGACGAAUUUGGUUGUUGAGGUGGUACGAGCAGCGCCACCGGUGGCAUCAUCACCGACACAAACACAAGCGUCAUCACAAACCUCGGCGGGGACAUCGCCGUCUCCACCCCCCUCACCCACGAAACCAAUCCCAACCCCAACCCCAGCCCUAGCCUCAACCCUCCUCGCCUCCGCUACAGUAAUCACGACCCCCGCCCCUACCACCCCCACAACCACGACUUCCACACCCACCAUAACCCUCACGAUCCGCUUCUCAAACUCCCUCGGCGACACGACCCUCACCAAUAUCCCCGAGACUUACACAGCUGCACAAAUCGCCGAAGCGGCUUUGCAACAACAAGGGUUGGAGGGGAGGGUUGGUGCGAUUUUGUGUUUGGGGAGACGGAUGGAGGGGGGCAGGGGGGUUAGGGAGCAGGGGUGGAGGGAGGGGGUUGUUGUGCAGGUUAUGGUUGUUUAAGAAGCUCGGAAGGGACGGUGAGAGCAGAGAACGUCGAGGCUAUGCUCGCGAAGAACUUCACGGAGGAGGAAAGAGCAGGGACUCUUUUGAUGAAGCGGGAUUUAGCGGGCGUUUCGUUUAUGGGUAUAUACCAAUUGGACAUUUUCGUUCGUACACAGCCAAUCGUGCACCA